UGUCAUUGAUAAUUCACUUUAUCAACAAUCAGUUAAUUGUUGUUCUGUUUUAAAAUGUAAACUUGAAUUGUGUUGUUAAAAUUGUCACCAUUAAUUGUUACUUUUUCUUGUUGUUUAAUCCCAAUCAUUGAGUUUUUUUCAGUCACAAAUUCAAUUACAAAUCUCCUUUUGAGCAAUCAAGAUGAUUAGUUGAUAAAAUAACUAAAUCAAUCAUCAUUUUUUCAAAUUAUCAAUCAAUUUGGUUAAUAAAUCAGCAGAAAAUUUGAAAAAGUUGAAACUAAUCAAAGUUUACCAUUUAAAUUAACUAUCAAUUGAUUGGGAUUGACACAAAAACACAAAACACCAAACCAAAUGAUCAAUAGUUAAUUAUGAUUAUUAUGAGAUUAUGUUUCCAAAGGAUUAAAUGGCCGUUAAUCUGGUCUUAAUUGUUGUGAUUAUUUGGUUUGUUAUUUCAAGUCUUUCAACAACAAUAACAACAACAACAACAGCAUCUUCAUCAUCAACAUCAUUAUCAUCCUCAUCCUCAUCAUCAGCUGAUGAUUCAAAAACUUAUCUAGUCAAUGGUAACAAUCAAAAUCCACAUAAAAAUAAUUACUGGUUCUCAUUUGCAUCUUCAUCCCCAUCACCUGUAAGUCAUUCAAUCAUUGAACUACCUGGAUUAUCAUCAUUAUCAUCCGCAUCUAUUGAUAAACGUCAUUAUAACAAUGAUCUCGAUGCCAUGGAAAACAAUCCCGCUCGUGAUUACGCUAUAUGGUCGGCGAUCGCUUCGUCUCUUGCAAAGUGGAAUCACAUGAGAGUAUCAAAGUUACGACAAAGGUUCAAAUUAAAGUCGAUCAAUUUUUCAAGAUCAAUUUCUAAAUCGAAAGGAUCAACUAAAUUAUCAUCUUCAACCUCAACACCAACAAGUACUUCAUCACCUUCAUCUUCAUCUUUAUCUUCAUCAUCGUCAUCACAAAAAAUAGUCAAACAUCAUCAUCGAGUCAGAAGAGAUGAAGAAAUGAUUUGCUAUCGCAACAUUGGUUGUUUUCGUGAUGAAGGUCCAUUUGAUUAUUUGGACACUUUACCUGCCGCUCCCGAAGUGAUCAAUACAACCUUUAUCUACACUCGGACCAAUCCAAUUGAAGGGUCACCAAUUGACCUGACCAAUACAAGCUUAUCAUUAACUGAUUUUAAAGAUUCGGGUCCAGUUAAAAUAAUAAUCCAUGGAUUUGGUUCAACUGGACGAGAUCCUUGGGUCCUACAAAUGGCUGAAGCUUUACUUUACGUUGACGAUGUCAAUGUGAUUGUCGUUGAUUGGGGCAAUGGGGCAGCGUUGCCCAACUAUGUCCAAGCGGCGGCCAAUACCCAACUAGUUGGUAAACAAAUCGCUCUACUAAUUAAAAUGCUGAUGUAUGAAAAGGGCUACAAAGCGGGCGAUUUUCACUUGAUUGGCUUUUCCUUGGGCGCUCAUAUCGCCGGUUUCACGGGAACUGAGGUUAAAAAUAUUUCUCGAAUAACUGGCCUGGAUCCCGCUUCUCCGCUUUUCGAGGGUUACACGGCAAAAGUACGUUUAGACUCGGAGGAUGCCCAAUUUGUGGAUAUUAUUCAUUCCAAUGGUGACUCAUUUCUCCGAGGUGGAUUAGGUUCUUUUGAGCCGAUGGGCCAUGUUGACUUUUACCCGAACGGUGGACGAAAUCAGGUCGGCUGUAACUCAGUGUUUGUCGGAGCAAUUAAUGACAUCUUUUAUGGUCGAUGGCAAUCACUUUGUCACCACCGGAGGGCAUUUAGAUUCUUUAUCGAUUCGGUAGUGGCAACUUGUAAAUUUCACGCCUUUUCAUGUGACAAUUAUGCUAAAUUUUUACGCGGUGAGUGUUUCGACUGUGGUAAAGAUGGAACCGGUUGCGGAAAUAUGGGCUAUUUUGCCAAUCAAUCACCCGGUCGAGGUAAAAUGUACCUUGUAACUCGAGAUUCUGAACCUUUUUGCGCCAAUCAAUACAAGAUACAAAUCGUAAGCAGCAGUGGACAAUCAUCUACCUGGGGCAAAUUGGAGGUCAUUUUUUUAACCAAAGAUCGUAAUGAAACCUUCCAAUUAACAAGUGAAUCAGAUGAGAUUAAGGAUGAAUCCUUAAUCCAAGGAUUAGUUGUUGCUCAUCCGCUGGUUCGUAAUAUAACCUCGGCCAUUGUUAAAUAUACCAAAUAUCGAGGUUGGAUUUACUCGGGUAAAGAUUUUUGGGGAAUUGAUAAAAUCUUAUUAACCAAUUCAGAUGGAGAAAUGAUCUCAUAUUGUGGUUACAAUACAAUCCUGGAAGACAGUAUAUCUUUACAAUUAGACCUUGUUAAAGGUAAUUGUACCGUUGAGAUAACCGCUGAUUCGAGUCACAAUAACCGAUUGGCUCGAUUGGUUUGGCAGGUCGUCUCUGGACCAACUAAAGGUCGUCCACCUAAAUUACUUUGGCGAUUAUCAUUAACCUCGGAAGAUAUUUGAUUAAUUGUUCUCAACAAUUAACUUUUCUUUUACCUAAAUUGUCCAAAAAUCUUGAUGAUUGAACAAUACAAGUAAAUAUUGGAGGGGAAAAUUAGGUCGAUCACAAUUAAAUCAUCGAUGAUCUGGAUUAUUUUUAACUGAACUUGAGACGAUUAUUUAUUGAUCUUGAUCUCUUGUCCUUUCACCUUUACGAUGACCCUGACCUGGAAAAUGGUUUCAUAUUAAUUGUUGCCUAUCAUUUAAUUUCUUGAAUGGCGUUCCACUGAUUACCAAUUGCUGAUCACCAUUCAUGAUAAAUUUUUCUUGCGACAAUUAACUGAAUUGUUGGACUAAUUUUUUUUCAUAUUCUUGCGCCUUUCCUGUUAACAAUUAACAAAUUGUCACAUUGAUAUUAAUAAUUUUUCAAUUCUAUUUUAUUAUCAGAUUUUUGUAUCUACUUUUUUUCAUAAUUAAAUCAAAAUCUUUGAUACGAUUAAAAGAUUUACUAUUUUGA